UUGACAACUGACAGUGUGUGAACACCUUUAAUUAUAAAGCACAAGCUGUGUUUACGUGGCUGACAAAAUAAAUAAUUUGUAAAAAACAAAACAAACUUCAUGUUUUAUAAUAUAUAAUAAUAAUAAACUCUUGUUAAAUUCAAGGAAUUAGGUACAAUGGCUGUGACAAGUGGAGUGUCCUUUGCAUUAUCUGCAAUAAUUACCGUACUUCUUUUUUCUGGAAUGCAAAUGUACAGAAGUUGGCUUUCAUCAACUCAAAUCCACACAGUUCUCGGUGGUUACAUAGGUUCCUUAGUUUUUAUAUUUUUACUGACCGCAUUGGGAAAUUUGGAGACAAUUAUGUUUGGCAAAUCAUUUCAAAUGAAACUUUUUCCCGAAGUUUUCAUUUCUUUAAUCACAUCGCUAAUUGCAUCAGGAUUAGUGCAUAGAGUUUCGACAACAACAUGCUUCCUUUUCUCCAUUGUUGCACUCUAUUAUAUUAAUCGAAUUUCUCAACAAACAUAUUCGUCGUCUGCACCGACAGUUCCUGUACAUACGAAAAAGAAGAAAUAAAACUGAAAUUUACGCAAUUCGCGAAAAAAAAUGCCAAUUUGAAAUUUCUAAUUUACUUACAAUAAUUAAUUAAAUUAUUUCAAAGUAAUUGUAGGUACAUUAAACUUAUAUUUCACUUGAUGAAAAAUAUAAUUUUUUUAACAGGAGGACUGAAUAAUAAAGAAGAUUUUAUUGAAAA